GGAGCUCUCGAUCGUCAGAUAGGUGCCAGCUUUGUUGCCAGUUCUUUUCUUACUCCUUUGCUAUUGGGCGCAGCCGUCAUGACUCUCCUUCAGAGCUUCUACUUCGAUUUCAUGCGCCUUCUCUCGACUUGCUCCCCAUUUUGACCGCGAGUUCCUGUUAUUCUUCUUUCUCUCUCCGUUCUUCCACUCUGUAUGUACACCAGAUGCCUGCCCGUGCUUGUUCUGCAAGUCUCCCUUCCCCCAGUGGUCCCGUCGCCAGACUGUUUCCACUGCGCUCUUCUCACCUGCCGCUCGAUCCGCUGUUUUCGCUCUUCUCCAUGCACCCUUGGUUUCUCUCUUUCUUACAUUCUCUCUCUGAAUCGCUUCUCCGCUCUCUUUUUCUCUCCUUCCUUUCUUCUUGCUUCCUCGCUUGCGAUUCUCUCCCUUCCUCCACUCCACUCCUUCUCUUCUCUCUGUUACCUCUUUCCUCCAUUGUUCCUUUUUGUCGCUCCUCUCUCUAGCCUCUCCACCCGUCUCCCCUUUUCUUCCUGCAUACUUAUCUCUCUUUCCUCUCUCUCCCCUCCGGUCUACUUUUCCUCUCUUCUCUCCUUGCUUCCCUCUUCUCGCUGCUCUCGUCCUUUCUCGUUGUUUCUCGGCCUCGGAGCAAGAUGUCGGUCCCCCCGUUUACUCCGCCGAACGCAGAGGGCGCUCUUCUCCGUGGACUGCAUGCGCCUGCCAGGGAGAGGCGAAAGCCUAGCUCUUCGGCUAGCUCUUCGACGCCGCAGAAGCCUGUGAGGACGGCCUUUGAGAACGGGCGAUUUCUCUGCUACAAGUGCAAAGCCAACUGGGCAGUGUGCGACGACCGCGAGAAGAGCUGUCGAAACUGUCUCCUCAACCUCGUCCGGUCGACCGUCGUCAGCCACCUUCGGAAGGUCGCGGAGACGUCUCGACAGCUUGAAGAAGCUGCGAAGGAAGAAGGCCAGAGAGAGACGACAGCUGCAUGCGGCUCGGGGCGCGAGGAGACCGAGACAGCGAGAGAAGACAGACGCAGGCCGACGACAGACGAGGCAGAUGAUCAGAAGCGCGUUUGGUUCGUCGCUGUUUCAGGGGGUCCUGCCUCGCUCGCCCUGGUCCACAUUUUGCGCGACCAUCUUUUGGAGCAAAGGAGCAAGUGGGAGAGAAGAAAGGCAGGCCAGCUACGCAGGCAAACGCAUGCAGAUCGGCAUCGACAAGCGCCGGCGAAGGAAGCCUCCCCAGAUGCGCCUUCAUCGUCGUCAUCGCAGGACGGCCCUGAAACCCAGAAGGAGUCGAGUUCCUCCUCUUCUCCACUUUCCUCUUCUUCUGCUCGACAAGACUGCCCGCCUCUUCCGCUCUUUGCAGUCCACGUCGACGUAGCGCCUUGGUUGCCUCGCGGUCCCGCUUCCUCCCAAGGGUGUCUGGAAAAAAGUUCCGAGUCGUCUCUCGUCGCAGAGCUGCGGGCAAUUCUCGACAGUCUCGGCGUCCCCCUUCUCGUCAUUCCCCCCACAGCUGCGUUCUUUCACAACUCGUCUUCGGGCCCUUCUUCUUCUGGGGAUUGCUCCUCUGACUCGGUGUCGUGUGAGGACGGUGGAGAGGCGCUUCGCGUUCACUUGCAGGCGGUUCUUGCGGAGGAUGGCAAUGCGUUCGAAGCUCUUCUUCGAGUCAUUAUAGUUCGGUCCCUGUUCCACUUCCUUCAGCGACCCCCGCUCCCCCUUCGGGCAGACAGCCGACCCUCGGUCUUGGCUGCGAGAAACGCCGCGGCAGACUUCGCGGGCGAGAGCAAGUGUCGAGACAAGGAACGCAGCGAGCAAGAGAGACCAACGCAAAGCAGCAGUCGCCGGAGUCUCGCUCUUCUCUGCUUCGGAGACAGCAGCACCCGUCUCGCCGUUCGGCUCCUGCUCAAGGCCUGCCAAGGCGACGGCCUCACCCUUCAACAGGAAGCGCAGCUCGUCGACGACCGGUUCCUCCCGAGCUUCUGCCUCUGCCGCCCUUUGCUGUCGAUCUCUGCAAAAGAAGCUGCCAUGUACUGUCGAUACGCCGCUCUUCCCUUCCUGUCGACGAACCCGUACAGCCUCGUGCUUCCUUUUCCUGCUCCUUCUCUUCCGCUUCCCCCCCUUCCUUCGCGUUCCUCAAACACAGUCGCAAACUCCCCGGCUUCUUCCUCUUCUUCAUCGUCUUCUUCCUCUUCUUCAUCGUCUGCUUCAACGUCUUCUUCCUCUUCUUCAUCGUGUGCUUCAUCAUCUUCUUCCUCUCCUUCUUCAUUGUCUUCUCCCGCUUUUGUCUCGGUGCGCAGUGUUCCCUUGAGUUUCCUCAUUCGCUCUUUCCUUCUGGAUUUGCAGAGAAAUUUUCCGUCGACGGUUUCGAACGUCUUGAAGACCUCGCAGAAGGCAGUGCCUGUCUCCCGUCGCCUGUCCACUCUCGUCUCUUCCAGCGAGGAGAACAGUUCUUCUCUCUCGCAGCGGGAAGGAGGCUCUGACGCCAAGAACGACUCCUCAGAGACCUGCAGCCUCUGUCUCCUCGGCUUGUGCGAUCCAGAAACAUUUUCUGACAACGCGCUCUGGGACUCGAAUCAGCGAAGAAUUCUCUUUCAGUCGCCUCAAGGCGAAGCUUCGACGUCUCUCUGUCCUCCUCGCCUUCCGCUUUGCAUGCCUUGCGCUCGUGCGGCAAGUGCGGGGACAGCGAGUGCGUCUGUCGCCUUUUCUUGUCUUUCUUCGUCUUUCUCGCAAGUCGCAAGCAGCGGUUCUCAGCACGACACCUAGGGCAUGCGAGACAAAACAGCAGGCUUGUGGCAUUGACGGGAGUUUCACUUGGUUCGCCGUUUUCCUGUACGUACCCCUCAAGCUGGUGCGCUGGCUGAGGUCGGGGCUGUCUGUGCUCAGUCGACCCAAGCGUCUGCUGUGUUCGAAGUUACCGGAGAACAGCAAGACGACUUUUGCAGAAGAAACAGAGCAUUGCGCAGAGGUGAACAAAAUGCGGAUGCAGUGUCGGUGAAGGCCUUGCGCCACCCAGGGGCUCGCUCGCCUCCACGGUCGAAGAUAUCUCGAGGUGUGACUUCGGUAUCUGUUCUACCGGUCGUUCCGCGCGCGUUUCUGCGAUUUCUUCCGAAGAUGGAGAUGCUCUGUCUGUGCCGAGGAGGCAUGCCUGUCUCACAUUUUCCAUGUUUCUCGACCUUUCUCAGGAGCGCCGAAGCAAUGAGAAGUACAUUGGAUCGGGUGAGCAGAGACCCUCAAGAUCUUCUCAGAGGGCCAUGAAAGUCGAGUAGAAUCCGACUCGUUUUCUCCGUACGGACCUCCUCUGGAACGGAGACUGCCGAAAAUGUAGAGGGUGAUCGUUGCGCAGUUUGUGCACAAGCGCCACGGAGUCCAUUCUUUGCUUCUCCUAGAAACGGCGGGGGGUUGGCUGCAGCUUUUAGGGGAAAACGGGAGCUUUUCCGCCGACGAAAAGUCAGUCGGUCACCGACACCAGAGCUCUGGAUCUGCAGGGGUGCCACUACGCGGUCACUGCGUUGUCAAAAACCGGUCUCAAAGCAGCUUUUCCAUCUGGGCGAUCUACGCCGUAGCUCUCCACGAAGCAAGAAGACCAGCAAGAGAGCUGGCGCGUUUAGAGUCGGACUGCGUCAGGAAACCGCAGGAAGAGCUACACGAAAGUCAACCGUGCGUCGGAUGUAUAUCUAGAAAGCAGCAUUUUCCGCAGAUCGUGCACUAGACAUGCGUUUUUUCGUAUUUUCUUGAAGGUUUACAAAGACUCUCAGGCGACGUUUGUAAGACUUUCCUUGAAGUUGUUUCCUAUCC